UGCGGUUUCCAAGCCCUAUUGGACAGUUUCUCGCCCACCCGCACGUCACGUCACCAUUCGGCGACGCCACGGCGCAAAUACAGGCGUUGCAAUUCAUAGACAAAAGAGCAAUUUUAUAAUUGAACGUAAAUUAUUCUUAUUUACUCCGUCGUGGGUGUUUUUCCAAAUUAUCAAAUCGCGCGUUCGUGACACAAAGUUUGUCCAAGUGGAGUGGCCGCACAUCGUUUGCCGCAGAUGUACUUUUUUUUUGUUUCUUUUUCUCUCCACCUCAAACUCAAUUUUCCUGAAUUAUGUACCGAACGUGCUGAAUCCUCGAUGCAGUACGUCCGUUACUAAUCUGCUGCAUUUAACCUCAUUCGUUGAAUCUUCGUGUCGGGUUGAAGCUUCUCGGCCUAGCUGACUUUAGCUUAGCUAGCUGGACGCUAACAAAAGAAAGAAAGAAAGAAAGAGAGACGCGCGCGUUUGUUCGCAACGCAUCGCGAUUUCGUGCGGAAAUGUGCGCAAGCAGGACCGCGGAGUUCCAGGAGGAACUUCGUGUCGCAAAAGAGGAGAGCGAGCCACAACGUCAAGUGCUGGACGCUGUUUACAAGAUGCAGACUCCAAUUGGCUUUCGCACAGCAGACAUCAGCGAAGAUCUCCGUCCUGACCAGCAGAGGCCAGAGCGCCCCCACGUUAAAAAAGAGGAAGAGCACUGCCUCAUCAAAGAGGAGGGGGACAUCACUAAGUUGCCAUCAACUACUGUCCCUUUGAAGACUGAAGAUGAAGGUCCAAGUGAGGAGAGCAGAAGGGCGGAGCCUUCUAGCACUUGUAGCUCUCGUCAACAUGUGACAACUGAAGCUGAUGGGGACCACUGUGACGAAUCACAAGCAGGUGGCCUCUUAGCUCCAAUAUCAGAUAGUGAUGACACGUCACACACUCCUCACACUGAUGAUGAUGAUGAUGAUGAUGAUGAUGAAGGUCACAUUGGAGACAAACGCUGGAAAUGUUCUCAGUGUGGGAAAACAUUUGGCUACAAGUCUAUUUUGAAAAGGCAUGUGAUGAGCCACACUGGAGAGAAACCUUUUGCCUGCUCAGAUUGUGGUAAACGAUACGCUGACAAGGGAUACUUAAAAAUACACACAAGAAAACACACUGGUGAGAAACCGUUUGAUUGCUCAGUUUGCGGUCAAAUGUUCACUCGAAAGGGGGACUUAAAAAUACACACAAGAACACACACUGGUGAGAAACCUUUUGCCUGCUUGGAUUGUGGUCAAACAUUUGCUCAAGAGGGACAUUUAAAAAGACACACAAGAACACACACUGGUGAGAAACCUUUUUUCUGCUCCGUUUGUAGUCAAAGGUUCACUCAGGAGGGAAGCUUAAAAAGACACACAAGAAUCCACACCGGUGAGAAACCUUUUGUCUGCGCAGAUUGCGGUCAAAGAUUCACUCAAGAGGGAAGCUUAAAAAUACACACAAGAACACACACUGGAGAGAAAUAUUUUGUCUGCUCAGAUUGCGGUCAGAGAUUCUCCCGAAAGUCAAGCUUAGAAAUACACACAAGAACACACACCGGAGAGAAACCUUUUGCCUGCUCAGUUUGCAGUGCAAGAUUCUCUGAAAAGAGGAACUUAAGACGCCACAAAGGAACUCACACUGGUGAGAAACCUUUUGCUUGCUCGGUUUGUGGCCAAAGAUUUACCAUGAAGGGGUAUUUGAAAGUACAUAUAAGAAAACACACCGGUGAGAAACCUUUCGCCUGCUCAGUUUGCGGUCAAAGGUUUACUACAAAGGGUUAUUUGAAAAUCCACACUCGAACACACACUGGUGAGAAACCUUUUGCCUGCUCAGUUUGUGGCAAAAGAUUCUCUAAAAAGGGAACCUUGACAACACACACAAAAUCGCACACUGAACAGAAGCCUUUUGCCUGCUCAGCUUGCGGUCAAAGAUUUUCUCGUAAGGUUCAGCCCAAGACGCACAAGUGUGCCGGUGAGAUUAGCAACGAUCAAGAAGCUUUAAAUGAACAUGUGAAUGUUUAAUAUUCAAAGUAAAUUUCAUCAUACAAAACUGGCCAUUCUUAUAUUAUAUUUAGCAUCUUUUAUUUGAUCUACUUGUAGUCUUUGUGUCUUCUAAAAAGCCUCCUGUGGAUAGAUUUUGACAAUUAGCACUGGUGCCAAAAUACUUGCAUGCGGUUUGUCCAAUGUUUGUUAUGUCCACUUCAAAUAAGAGAACGAUUGAUUGCAGUAGGGUGAAAAAAAAAAACUUUUAGUGGAAAGGCGAAAAAGUUUGAAUACAAAUCCUGAAUAAAGUACUUUUCAAACUUAAAA